CCCUAUCGUAUGUUAAGUGCUAGUUGUUAUUGUCGUUACACACACACACACACACACACAUAGAUGCACAUAGACAGGGAGCAGCCGGCAUAUUAGCCUGCUAGAGCGAGAUAGCAAGCGCUGCGAGAGCAACGGAGAUGAGAAGAGAGAGCGCGUGGUCAAAGCUCCGAAAAUCGUUUAAUUAAAAGCAAACACAAAGCAAGCAAAGCAAAAAUAAAAACAAAACGCAACUUUGAGCUGUUGCUUUGCCGAAACGGUUAAAGCGGUUCAAAGCGGUUCAAACGGUUAAAGCGAGUUUUUAGGACAGUGGGGAGGGGGGGAAAAAACAGACGCCAUGCCGCAACGUUCACCAUUCGCCAUACAGGAGUUGCUUGGGCUUGCUGUGGCAGCAGCAGCAACAACGACAACCACAGCGACAACAAUAACAGCAGCAACAAUAACAACAACUAGUGCAAGCAAAGCAGUGGCAGCAACAACAACAACAACAACAGCGUGUGAAACGCCAACAGAUCUAACAACAACAACAACAGCAGCAGCAGCAAGUGCAGCGACAACAACAACAGUGCACUACAACAACAAUGCGACGGAGUCAACGACAACAGCAACAACAAGUGCCAUCGAACAACAUCAAAAUUUUCGGGAUCAUCAUCAGCAGCAGCAGCAGCAGCAACAACAACAACAACAACUGACCAUGGCCGCUGCGUCGCGAAUGGCGUAUUUUAAUGCACAUGCCGCGGUGGCGGCUGCUUUUAUGCCACAUCAAUUGGCCGCUGCUGCAGCGCAUCAUCAUCAUCAUCAGCAUCAUACACAACAUCAUCAUCACCAUCCACAUCAUCAUCCGCAUCAUGCACACGCUGGACAUCCGCAUCCACACUCGCAGCCGCCGCCGCCUGUAAUGCCAUCGCAUCAUCCACUGCUGCAUGCUCAGGGAUUUCCGCAGUUGAAGAACUUCGCGGCCACCGGAACAUGUUUACCAGGCUCAUUGGCGGCCAAGGAAUUUGGCAUGGAUGGCCUAAAUGGCUUUGGUGUGGGCGCUGGCGUUGGCGUUGGUGUUGGUGUGGGCGUGCCCGGCAUGGGCGUUGGGCCAAAUAGCAAAAAGAAGAAGAAAAAACGACGCCACAGUCGCACAAUAUUCACGAGUUAUCAGCUGGAAAAGCUGGAGGAAGCCUUCAAGGAGGCGCAUUAUCCCGAUGUCUAUGCCCGCGAGAUGUUGUCACUGAAAACAGAAUUGCCCGAGGAUCGUAUACAGGUGUGGUUCCAGAAUCGACGUGCGAAAUGGCGCAAAACCGAAAAGGUUUGGGGCGGUAGCACCAUCAUGGCCGAAUAUGGAUUGUAUGGGGCGAUGGUGCGACACUCGCUGCCAUUGCCAGAGACCAUACUGAAGUCGGCCAAGGACAACGAUGCGGUGGCACCCUGGCUACUAGGUAUGGAACAGAAAUGCAUGCAUCGCAAAUCGAUUGAGGCACAAUCCGCGCUCAAGGACGAUUCCGGGGUAAGCGAUCACGAGGAUUCGGCUGGCUCCAAGUCAGCGCACUCGGAUGAAUUGCGCUCACACUCGCGAGCGCUGAGCUCAUCCACCGAGUCGUUGAAUGUUGUGAGUCCGGCGCCAAGCAGCUGUCCAACGAUUGCAUCCACAGUGCCGCCAGCAUCGACGACGCCGCACGGCAGCAGCGGCUAUGCGGCAGCCUCAUCGGCGGCCACAACACCAACGGGGGCAACAACCAACAGCUCUGGAUCGCCGCACAUUGAACUCGGUUCGCCAUCGCCACAGCAAACGCAACAGCAACAGCAGCAGCAGCCGCCACAGACGACGCACUUGUUGCAGCCACAACAGCAACCGCAACAGCAGCAGCAACAGACGUCGCUGGCGGGACAUUAUGCAACUGCCACGCCCAGUUAUCAUCCGCUGUUGGAUGCGGCAAAUGCGGCGGGUGCAGGAGCCGCUGCCUCGAGCAAGGACUUUCACAUGAUUAUGAACACUGCUGUCGCAGCUGCAGCAGCAGCAGCCGCACAACACCAACAGCAACAGCAGCAACAUCAACAGCAACAUCAACAGCAGCAGCAGCAGCCACAUGCAGCAUUGCAUGCACAUCAUUUGUCUGCCGCAGCAGCAGCCGCUGCACUAAUGGAGCACGAUCCGGAUGCUUUCAGGAACAACUCGAUUGCUUGUUUGCGCGCCAAAGCACAGGAACAUCAGGCGCGUCUCCUCAACAAUGGCGGACUCUUUCUGCAGGUGCGCAGCUUUGCCCAGGCUCAAGCUCAAGCUCAGGCUCAAGCUCAAGCUCAGGCCCAGGUUCAUGCUCAGUGCGAGGUCUUAAAACACGAGGAGCGCAAUAACAACAACAAUAGCAGCAACACGCAACAGUUGUUGGCAACUUCGCAUCCCGUCAAAAUGGAGCUAACGCCUUGCGUCAACAUCGAGGAUGUCUGACAUCCGCCGAGUAACUACAACAUCAACAACAACAGCUUGCCACAGUGAAAAACCAAAAAAAAAAAAAAAGAAAAAAACAAAAUGGGAAAAUAAUUUCCUGAAAUGAUCUCAAAUCUAAGCCCAAAAAGAAUGUAUCCAAUAAGCACACCAAUUUUUUUUUACUACCUUUAAGCAAUUUAUUGAUCGAUAAUUAAUCAAAAUCAAAAUCGUCUUGAUCUGUAAUCCAAAAUACAAUAUGACUUUUUAACAAUGCUCUAGACUCGAUAAGUUUCGUUUCGAUUCGUUUAGCUCCUAAGAAACCAAGAAUGUAAUAUUUUUAAUAAAUGCAUAAUCUACGCUAAAAUCGAUAAAACAC